AUGACGACUAUCCCGAAGGGGGGGUGGAAAGCAUGGUCGGUUGUGCUCGGGGCAUGGUGUGCCAUGAUUCCUUCCAUGGGGUUAUUAAAUAGCCUCGGGAUUCUUCACGCAUGGACCAGCACACAUCAACUUAAAGAUUAUUCAGAAUCCAGUAUUGGUUGGAUAUUUGGCGCUUAUGGCUUCUUUCUAUACUUUGCAGGGGCCCAAGCGGGACCAAUUUUUGAUGCAUAUGGGCCGAACUAUGUCAUCAUACCUGGUUCGUUCGGCAUGGUGAUAGCUCUUAUAUGUUUCAGCUUCAGCGAAGAAUACUACCAAAUAUUCCUUUCCUUCAGCGUGCUCGGAGGUCUUUCAGCUUGCACACUCUUCACUCCAGCUGUUUCGGCAGUUGGUCAUUGGUUCAAUUUGCGAAGAGGUUAUGCUACAGGAAUUGCGUGCACGGCGGGCGGCAUAGGAGGCGUAGUGUUUCCCCUGAUAAUCCUCUUCGUGGCCCCUAAGAUAGGAUUCCCGUGGGCGAUCCGAAUCAUUGCACUGUUCUGUGUCGUCAUGUGUACAUUGGCGUGUCUUCUCUUGAAGACUAGGCUACCGGCAAACCUCAAAUCCGGUGCUAUGGUCGAUUUUCGCGCCUUGAAAGAUCCCCACUAUGCUGUCACUACUGUCGCGGUUUUCCUGGUGGAAUUUGCCGUCUUUAUACCUAUCACGUAUAUUGCAUCGUAUGCCAUCCAUGUUGGAGUCGGCGACACGAUCUCAUACCUACUCAUCGCCUUCCUGAACUUGGGAGCUAUCCCUGGGCGCUUUUUCCCCGGCUUGAUAGCCGACCGCUUGGGUCGUUUCAAUGUUAUGGUGCUGACAUCAUUUGUCUGUGCCAUCUUGACUCUCGCACUGUGGCUGAAAUCAGGCGACAAUCUCGCCGCGAUCAUCUGCUACGCUGUGUUGUUUGGCUUCUGGAGUGGAGCAGCAAUCAGUUUGACGCCAGUAUGUAUCUCUCAGGUCUGCGCCACGCAGGAUUACGGUAAAAGAAAUGGAACCACGUUCACGAUCGUCAGCAUUGGAACCCUUACUGGAAUCCCCAUUGCAGGGGCGAUCCAGCAGCGUGACGGAGGAGAAUACGACGAUCUGAUCAUAUUUGGCGGUGUCCUUUAUCUUUCGGCUGCAAUAGCAUUUGCUAUAGCUAGAGGCGUUUGCCGUGGAUGGUCUUUAAAGACAAUAUUCUAG